UGAAAUGUUUAUCAAGUCACUGAGGAGAGAAAAUCAACAAAAGACUAUUUGUAGAGCAUAUCCGUUCGGUUUGCCGUCAAAAAUGUAAUUUUAUAGAGAAGAAACAAGUUAGUAUCACUUUUCACCUAACCCCAAAUAUCAUCCGGUAAGCGAGACCAGCACCUUGGCACAAUCUGAUUACAUUCGAUUCGAUGGGCAAACGGCGCCGAAGCAACCAGAUUAGUUUAGGAGCAGAUGCAUGGAGGAUCUCGCCAUCGAAUACACCGGUUAAUAGCUCCGGCAAGCCCAAUUCCAAAGUCCCAUCAAAACAGUGUUCGAAGUCUUCAUUAAAGUCCACUUCAAAAUCCAUUUCGAAAACCUCCACGAAACCCACCGCCAAGUUCUCCGUUAGAAACUCCGGCAGGAACUCCUACCGCAGGGCAAAUCAAUUCUGCGAAGCAUCUUCCACACAACCAGUUAUGGGUCAGGGUCUAGUUCCUAGUAAGGAUCACAGUCAGGUCCGGAAGGACAACGUGGAGGUCGUUGAGUCAAUUUCUAAUAUGAAAAGCAUUGGGCCACAUCGCCACAGUGGCGUUUUCCUGUACCGAAAUAGCUUCGAUGCCAUCCAAUUGCUUACCCGGAACACGAGCUCCGGCCCGGAUGACUACGGCGAGCAGCGGAUCAUAGGGGACUACCGGAACAAACGCUGUGAGUUCCGGUCCUGGUCACCGUUCCAGUCCAAGCUGGCCGCCGGUAUUAUGAGCGGUGUGAACGACCUGCACCUUCACAGCGGUGCCAAGGUGCUUUAUUUGGGAGCAGGCUUCGGGCGUUCCGUGACCCAUGUCUCGGAUAUUGUCGGUGAAACGGGCAUGGUCUAUGCCGUGGAGCGGGGCAUCUGGUCGGGACGCCAGUUGGUGGGAUUGGCCAGUCACCGGCCCAAUAUCGUGCCCAUUAUCGAGGAUGCCACGAUGCCGUACAAGUACUGCCGCCAGGUUCCCGCCGGCAUCGAUGUCAUCUUCUGCGAUUUGCCGCAAGCGGACCAAGUGCGUUCCCUGAUGCUGAAUGCUCGCCAUUUCCUGUCGCCCGAAGGACACUUCGCGGCCUUCCUGCACGCACCGAGUAUCGAUAGCAAGGUGCCCGUCAUGGAGGCCUUUGCCGCAGAGGCCGAACGCCUUCUGCUCGAGCAGCUAAAGCCCCUCGAAGUGGUGACCCUGGAUCCCUUCAAGCCCGGUUAUGCCCUGGUUUUAGGCAUUUCCACACGCCAGAAUCUUUGUUCCUAGCUGGUCCGGUGUACGUCUGAUGUACGGAGAUGGCUAUUUUAAAUUUAUAUUCGUUCUUAGUUUGUAUUAACUAAUAAAUGUUUUCGUGUUAUAAAGGAAA